UUUCUUGAUCACAAUUCCUCUUUCUCAUUGGUCACAUGUUGUUUGUUGGUCACAGAUUAAAUUAUUUGUGAUCGUCACCAAUACUUGUGACCACCACUGUUGCCAGUCGUAUCGACGUCACAACUGUCACCACAAAAACCACCACCACCACCAUCUCCCGACAGCCUCAUCAUCUUAAACAUUGCAACUAGCACCACCUUACCACCAACAAACUAGAUACAGAAUCACCAACUCCCCACAAAUCCACCACCGUAUAGUCGUCUCGCCACCACCCCACCACCACCACUGCAAAAGCCAUCACAACAUUGCCGUCGUCGCCACCACCCAACCAUCUCCACCACUACCAUAACCACCAUUUCCAACAACACUCAUUCACUAUUAAUAAAAAAAAACCAUCGAAUUACCAACACCUUACCUUUACCGCCAUCACAAGAUCCGCUACAGCCAAAUUCACCACCAUCACCGUACCCAACACUGGACACCGCUAUCGCCAAAUCUGCCAUCACCUGCACCAAGUGCCUGUAGCACCACCAUCACCACCAAACUACAAUAGCGACAGGACAAAGCCGAGAUGGAGAUUGCCGUCGGUUAGAGCGCACUGGAUGUAGAUCGAGGUUGUUCUUUGCUACUCGCAUCGGUCAACACCAUCAACGACGAACAAUAGAGGAAUAGAUGCAUAAGACAAAAAAGAGAGAGAGAGAGAUCACGCACGACGGUGCCUAUCAUCGUGCGUGAUGCGACCGUGAGUGCCCGUCGUCGCGACAGUCUUCCAGUGUUGGGUAUAGUGUAGGGGCGAGGCUGCAACACAGUGAGUGGCUGUGGUGAAGGCAGGAGAGAAGAUGAAGAGAGGGGGGAAAAUGGUGGCUGUGGAGGGAUACAACUAUGAAGAGAGAGAGAGAGAAUGAUAGAAAUAAUUUUAGGAUUUGAGAUUAAAAUUGUAUAUUUAAUAUUUAAAUAUGAUAUAUCUGAAUUUUGAAAAGUGAAACUUGUCAUCUGAUUUUAGAACUUACAUCUUUAAACAUAGAUUUUUGUGUAAUUUCCACGUAAUUAAGGGUGACGAUGAGCCAAAACGAGCAUAGUCGACCUCAAGCCCUUCCCAAUACGCCCUGAAUGGUGAACGCGGGAAUGAGAAAUAUGGUCCUGUCUUGAAUUCUGUUAACUAUCUCGAAUCUUUUUAUAUCUUUUAUUUUUAUCUCUUUUUAUAAAAAGUAAUAUAAAAAUAAAGCAUAAUGCUAAAAAAUAAUUAAAUAGGACCCAGAUGAACCUAUCUAGAGUCCGUUUGGUGCACAUUUUUGUUGAUGAAAAUGCAUUUUAAACAUCAUAUCGCGGAUCCCCCAUUAGAGUGUAGAAGUCAAAAAUUGUGUGCUGAUGUGACGGAAAAAAUGCAUUUUUGGCUCCAAAAAUGCGUAUCAAACAAGGGCCUAAUCUUAAGGUCUAGGUCGGCGACCCCAAACCAUCGAAAACCCCUAUAAAUUGAACCGGCGGUGUUUCAGGAAGUUGGAUCCUACUGUAACCAAACAAAGUCGAAAAUCAAAAGGGGUCAUUUACCGUGCCACACCCAAAAGCCCCCAAAUUCCAAAUCACAGAAAAAAUCUCCAAAUCACGAUGGCAUCACCACCACAUUCUCCCUCGUCUCUGCCUUUUCCCCUCGCCGCCGCCUCCUCCAACACCACGACGGCAAACAAAGUUUUGAUUUUUCUUCUUAUGCCGUACUUAAUCCAAACAAAAUUUGCAACUGCUGAUGAUGAUGUUGCUAUGGAAUUUUCUAUCGGAGAAUUUCUGCUACAAUACUUGAAGCAGCUACUUGAUUACCACCCUAAUGUGAUAAUUGACGCCAAGGAACAGGUCGAACAUCUAUAUAAACAAUUGAGUCUGUUCAUAGACUCUGCCAAGGAAUCCAUGGAAAACCGCAAUCCUAGUUACUUAGAGAAAUAUAUUGUGAAGCAAGUUAGAAACUUGAUUUAUCGAUCUGAAGAUACUGUGGAUAAAUAUAUUUCCCUUGCAAUCGUUCACAAAUCCAGGAAUCAAUUCAUUAAAGCUAUUCAUACGUUCGAUUAUGCUGCAAUCCUCCGAAAACUGACGAGUGAUAUUGAGUCAAUCAACGCGGAGGUCAAGAAUAUCUCUAACAUCAAAGUUAAGAUUGAGAGAGUUGAAAUUGUUGACAGACACGACAAUUAUAAAAAGGCUCCAUUUGUAGAAGAUGACAAUGUAGUGGGAUUUCAAGAUGAGAUGGAAAAUAUAAUCACACUUCUCACCCAUGGAUCAAAGGAAUUAGAAGUUAUCUCUAUCAUUGGCAUGCCUGGCAUUGGUAAGACGACAUUAGCAAAAAUGAUAUAUCACCACCAUAAAAUUAAGGAUGGGUUUAGCAACCGUGCGUGGAUUUAUGUUUCCCAGUCUUAUAAUAGAAAGGAGGUGUUCCUGACAAUUCUGAAUCAUUUUAUCAAGCUUAAUGAUGAAAUGUAUGGGAUGACCGAUGAACAUUUAGGUGAAGAGCUUUUUAAAUUUUUAAAGGAAAGGAAGUAUUUAAUUGUGAUAGAUGAUGUAUGGACUCAAGAGGCUUGGAAUCAUCUUGAAAAUGUUCUUCCUAAAAACAAGCAACAAAGUAGAAUCUUACUAACUAGUCGCAUAUGGAGUGUGGCUAAGCAUGCCAAUCCAUAUCGGGAUCCUCAUAAAUUGCGGCUAUUAAGUCGUGAAGAAAGUUGGGCGUUACUCCAAAAAAGGGUACUCUUUUCAAAGGCCUGCCAUUUGGAUUUGAUUAGGCAUGGAAUGCGCAUCGUCGAUCAUUGUAAGGGACUGCCACUUGCCUUAGUGAUAAUUGGUAGAAUUCUACUAGAAAGAGGGACUACAAGUUAUUGGUGGGAAAAAGUUGCUAACUGUGUGAAUACAUAUUUGUCUUUGGAUCCUCAAGAACGCAUGGACGAAUUUGUAGCAAAGAGUUUCUACCAGUUGCCUUACCACUUGAAAGAAUGUUUUUUAUACUUCGGAAUGCUUCCAGGAGAUUUCCAAAUCUCAAAGCAAGAACUGAUUCGCAUGUGGAUUGCCGAAGGAUUCAUACAACAAAAGAACAAAAUGAGCUUGGAGGAUAUUGCAGAGCAGUUCUUGGAGGAUCUUGUCGACCAGAAUUUAGUUAUGGUUGGAAAACGAGGGUCAAAUGGUGCUAUUAAAACCUGUCAGGUUCAUGAAAUGGUUCGUGAAUUCUGCAAGAAGGAAGCUGAAGAUGAAAAUUUAUUUCUAGAAGUUAAAUUUGAUGAUCAGCGUUCAUGUCUAUUUUCUUACCUUAAAUUGAUAGAGGUACGUCGCCUUUGCAUUCAUUAUGACAUCUUGAAAUUUCUUUCUUCAAAACCAUAUAGUUCAGGUGUCAGGUCUUUCGUGUAUUUUUCAUCGGAAAAAAUUGUGCCGUUACCAGAUGAUAUUUCUUCCAUUGUUGGAGCCUUUGAACUGCUCAGGGUGUUAAGUGUUAGACCUCUCAAUUUGGAUCAUUUUCCUAUUGAUAUAACUCAACUCAUUCAUUUGAGGUACCUUGUUCUCUCUGGCAACUUCAAGAUACUUCCUGCAGCUUUUUCCAACCUAUGGAACAUGCAAACUCUUGUAAUUGAGACAUCAUCAAACACCCUUGUAAUUGAAGCAGAUAUAUGGAAGAUGACUCAAUUGAGGCACAUAAUUACAAAUUCAUCCACAUCUUUGCCAAUCCACCCUUUCAGAACUGGAAACAAUGAUUCUUUGAUCCAUGGAAACCUACAAAUACUUUCUACAGUAGCACCUGAAAGUUGUAAAAAAGAUGUCUUUGUGUGGGCUCCUAACCUGAAGAAAUUAGGUAUUCGUGGCCGAUUAUCUGAACUUUUGGAAGGCACUGGUGGAUUCAAUUAUUUAUGCAACUUGAAUUAUCUCGUAAAUUUGAAGCUACUGAGUGAUGUAUAUCCUUAUCCACCUUUUGAUGGCAGAUUAAUUAGCCUACCUCAAGUUGAUGCAUUUCCACCAAAUCUAAAGAAGCUGACGAUAUCAGGCACCCUGCUUGAUUGGGAUCACAUGUCUACUUUAGGAAUGUUGGAAAAUCUUGAGAUCCUUAAGUUGAAAGAUGAUGCAUUUAAGGGAAACCAAUGGCAGACGGAGAAGGGGGGAUUCCGUAAUCUCAAAUUUUUGUAUAUUGGAAGAACAGAUUUAGUUUCUUGGCGGACUUCUGCUCAUCACUUACCAAGCCUCAGGUGCCUUCAUCUUAAGCACUGCAGUAAACUCAAAGCAGUUCCAUUGUGCUUGUCGCGUGUUUCAAACCUCCAGAUAAUGGACCUGUACUGCACCACCAAAUCAGCAGCUGCUUCUGCUAGAAGAAUUCAGCAACAUAAGCAAAGCAUGCGAGCCCAGAAAGAAAACCAGGGCACUGGAUUUAAACUUUCCAUUUAUCCUCCAAAUUGAUUACAAUGAUCUUUGUAUGUUUAAAAAUAAAAAUGCUACAGGUAUUAAAUUUUCAUUUUGAUGCUUUUUUUGCUUUGAUACUUCUACUUCUAUUGAAAGCUUAGGCACGUUUGGUUGUUG